AUGCAGUUCCUAUGGCUAUGUCUUUUGUCAGCAGUCACCUUACAGUUCACAGGCACUUUGGCGUUCUAUCCCAUCAAGUUGCCUGAUUUCACUAAGGGUAUUAUAUCGCACCACGGCUCCGUUGGCAGACGCUUCUUCACCUUUCCCGGGCUAUAUAAACAUGCCCAUACGGGGUCUACAACCCUAAACAUUAGGAGAGGUCCCAGCAAUUAUCGUCGAGAUAAUAACUACCCAGCUCAAAUUGCAUCUCCGCCAACCGCGCCAAAUACCCUCGGUAUCAAUAACGAUGGGUACGAUUUCUCAUACUUUUCCGAGGUCAAAGUCGGAUCGGAGGGCCAGAAGAUGUGGAUGUUGAUUGAUACCGGUGCGUCAGGUACCUGGGUGUUUGGAUCAGACUGCACUAGCAAAGCUUGUGGAAGACACAAUACGUUUGGAAAAGAGGACUCGAAGACGAUCAAGGUUACAGACGAAAAAUGGGGAGUUACUUACGGUACCGGCAAAGUUUCCGGAGUCAUUGUCAAUGACACCAUGUCCUUUGCAGGUUUCGAGUUAGUCACUCCUUUUGGAUCUGCAUCCACAGCCUCGGAUGAUUUCUUGAACUACCCCAUGGACGGAAUCCUAGGAAUAGGGCCCCAGGAUCCCAAUGCGAAAACCCCAACGGUCGUGCAGUUAUUGAUGCAGCAGAAACUUCUCAAGAGCAAUGUCAUCGGUAUUAAUCUCCAAAGAGCCUCUGAGGGUGCUACAGAUGGUCAGAUUACAUUUGGCGACAUCGACAAGAGCAAAUUUUCUGGCGAGCUGAUAUAUUCAAAUGUCGUUCCCAACGGCUAUCAAUGGGAAAUUGCAAUGGAUGACUUGAUCAUGGAUGGGAAGUCUCUGAACUUGAAGGGAAGAACUGGUAUCAUUGAUACUGGAACAUCCUUCCUUAUACUUCCUCCUGCUGAUGCCGAUUUGAUUCACUCCAUGAUACCCCAGGCGGAUAAGGGUUCGGGAUUCUACACACUCCCGUGCUCUACCAAGGUUGAUAUCAAACUAUCAAUUGGCGGAGUCGAGUAUACCAUUCAACCUGACGACUACGUUGGGAAUGAAACAGCCACGAAAGGAACAUGCAACUCUCUUAUCGUGGGACGUCAGAUACUAGGGCCUAAACAGUGGCUCGUUGGUGAUGUCUUUUUGAAGAACGUUUAUUCUGUUUUUGACUUUGAUAAGAACCGAGUCGGACUAGCAGCAAGGAAAUAUGCGGGGACUAAGAAUCCACCAUCUUCCACCCCUUCUCCAGGUAUGUUCUUACUCCACGCUAUCCAUUGUCAGAAAACUAUAUCUGUUCUAAUGCUACAUAUAGAUCCUACCUCCAACAAGGCUCCUUCUGGUGGCUCCCCUGGAUUACCAGCUGAAUCUGGUUCUGAUUCGACUACUAAUGGCGAGGCUACCAAUGGAGCAACCAGCUCUCCCAAUUCUUCCUCAAGUGUUUUGACGCCAACAUGGCUCACACUAGCUGUUUUCUUCGCCAUUGGCUCUUCACUCUGGAGUUGA